UGCUCGGAGGGGAUUUUCGGGGACCAUGCGACCGGAUCCACUUGACACCCCGUGCUUUACAUACACGUUGAAUUCUAACAGUUUUCAAGAAACACGUUCACAAUAUCUCAACACUAUUAAACCGAAACACCAUGGAUCCCAAGACUCUUUGACGCGUUGUAUCAGUAAUACACAAUGAGGCCUAAUUUUGAAAUGAGACCUGUCUCUUAGUGUUUUUAAAAAGUUGUAAUGUAACUUUAAAAAAACACUGUUCCCGCCCAUUUUGCAUGCAGCGCUCCGGAGUCUGGCCAAGACCACGCUGUGAAUGGUUGAGCACGCCUGUCCAUCAAAGCAGCCCCUGCGUUUCAUUGGUGAAAGACUAGCCGUCGUCCCUGACUCUCGCGGUACUGCUGCUCGAAGAUGGCGGCCGAACUGGUGGAAGCGAUGAACAUGGUCAAAAGUUUCCGGGUCUCAGACCUGCAAACGCUGCUGGCCUCAAUGGGUCGCAGCAAAAGUGGGCUGAAGCAGGACCUGGUGGGGCGCGCGCUGAGGCUGGUGCAGACCGAAUACAGCCCAGAGCUUCUGAAGAACGUCAGGCAGCUGUACGAGUCGCGCUUCCCCAAAACGACUGGCUGGCUUGCAGCACGGCGUCCAGAGGGCGUCCCCGUUGCCUACUCAUCCCUCAGCUCCUCCCCCACAGCCACCUCUCAGGGCGCAGACUACCUCAAUGGCAUUUCCAAACCGAUCCCUACACCUGCAGCAGAGGUCAAGCUGGUGCCACUGCCCUUCUACCAAACCUUGGAGACACUGUUGUCGCCAACAGAGCUAAUUGCCCAGAACAAUGAGAAACUGCAGGACAGUCAAUGCAUAUUUGAGUUAACACCCAACCAAGCAGACCAGAUCAGAAAUGCAAGUGAGCUUCGUCCAGGAAUGAGAUCAAUCCAAGUGGUUCUUAGAAUCUGUUACACAGACUCCAUUGGUGUCCAGGAAGACCAGUAUCCUCCCAAUGUUGCUGUCAAAGUCAACCAGUCCUACUGUCAUGUGCCAGGCUAUUAUCCAUCUAAUAAGCCUGGUGUUGAACCCCGUCGUCCCUGUCGACCUGUCAACAUCACUCCCUGGUUGCAUCUCUCCACUGUCACAAACAGAGUCACCGUCACCUGGGGAAACUUUGGCAAGCGUUACUCAGUGGCAGUAUAUUUGGUGAGAGUCUUCACUGCAGCAGACCUCUUCAGCCAACUCAAACUCUGCUCUGUUGAGAGUGCAGAACGCUGUCGUGAACGCAUCCAAGACAAACUACGUUUUGACCCAGAAAGUGAAAUUGCGACCACAGGCCUUCGGGUUUCUCUCAUCUGUCCAUUGGUGAAGAUGCGGCUCGGCGUACCAUGUCGAGUUUUAACCUGUGCACAUCUUCAGUGUUUCGACGCAGUCUUCUUCCUGCAGAUGAACGAGAAGAAGCCCACGUGGACCUGCCCUGUGUGUGACAAGCCCGCUCCCUUUGAGCUGCUCACAAUUGAUGGGCUGCUAUCUGAGAUUCUGAAGCAGACAAGUGAGGACAUCGAGGAGAUUGAGUACUUAACCGACGGCUCCUGGCGACCCAUCAGCGAUGAGAAGGAGAGGGACAGGGAAAGAGAACGCAGCAACACACCAGAGUACCCUGUUGUUGAUAUAUGCAUUCCUGAGGCGAACGGUCAUUCACCAGCCCACAGCAGCACCAGCCUGACGGGCAAAUCUGGGAGCGGUUCCGUGGGGGUGGCGGGAGUCACAGGAGGACCUGCCGUGGCACCGGGAGGAGGUGCAGUGGUAGAUCUGACUCUUGACUCCUCCUCUGAGGAGGAAGGGGGCGGGGCAGGAGGCGACAGUGAAGACACAGAGGAUAGCGCUGACAGUCCUGCCCCAAAGCGGGGCCGAUAUAACUACGACAAGGACCUGGUUACUGCCUACUGACCCCGCAGCUCUGUCCCCUCAUAGACUGACACACAGAGAGACGGAGGCAGGGGGCUAAACAAAAAACUUGAGGACAGGAAUACGGUAAUCCACUAGAUGCAACGACCCCAAAAAAUCAGAGCCUUUUAGCAGCUCUGGUUUGUACCCAUACAAGACAAACACACACUCAAACAUGCACUGUUAAUGAAUCUUCAGUCUAGAGUGAUUAGGAUUCCUAUUUGUACUGCACACCACUGGAAGCAACUAACUCUUUUUGGUCAACCAUCACCUUGCAGUGAAAAUCUGUACCGUCCUGCCUCUAUUAAAGAAACUGACUGGAUCGAGCACCCCACCCACCCACCACCACCACCCCCCCUCCUCCUCUCUCUCUCUCUCUCUUCAGACUAUUUCCUCUCUGCCACCCCAUCACUCUUUGUAUUUGACUUGGAAUUGCUGGCUCUUUUAGCCAUGGGCGUUCAAUGUUUGUGUGACACAGAAGAUGUAUGGUCACAUUUUUUUGUGUUUAUUUAUUUAUUUGAUUUUUGUAAUGCCUUGACCUCUGAAAUAAACUCUAUCAUUAGUUAAACAUUAUACAGCAAAUUAUUUUCUCAGACAUAAAUCUCUAAUAUUGACUGAUAGUGAGGGUCUUGCCUAUGGACAGCAGGUGGCAGUGCAGCGCAAUGGCGAUGAUGAUAAUUUUGAGUAGAGUAAUUUCGGAGUGCUAGCUAACAGCAUGACGAAAUCCAAUAACUAUCACUCUACCAGAAACCCACAUUAGCACAAAAAAACAACAUGAAACGGGAUCAUUCGACAGAGGGAGCCUGGUAAAUGUUUAUUUGAAAAUUAUUGGAAUCGGGUUUUAGCCAGUGCACAUUCACUCUCAGUCAAUAUUGGAGAUUUAAAUUAUCAACUUCUUGCUGUUCUUUUAAAUGAAACUGUUCAUUUUAGAGGUUUUAGGGUUGUUGUUUUUUUGUCAUUACAAAAAUCGAAUAAACCCAAAAGAAUGUGAACAAACAUACAUUUCUGAUUUUUGUCACAUUUGUGAUGAACGGGGAAAGUUGAAAAUCGAGGCUCCUCGUAGUUUUCGGUAAAGGGUCAAAAACAACUUGUGGAAAAGAGCAUGAAUAACCUGGGGGAGGAUGAGGCAGAGGUAUGUGGAGUGUGAUGCAAAUAGAAACCUCUUCUAUUGUGUUAUUUCUUUGUUCAGAGAAUGAAUUCAAAGCUUGAAAGGGUUUUAUCAGGAAUUUAUCCUUUUAAUUAUGAAAGGGCAGAACACAAUACUGGCCUCGAUGUGUGAUGCUUUCCAUUUUUAUUUUGUCCUUAGAUAAGAGAACCUACCUCAGUCAUAAAAACUUAGCAGACUGACCAGCGAGUAGCUGAGAAAGAAGCAGAGGACAGAAGAAUUGAUUGAGUCUUUCUGAAGCCAAUUUUACACUGGAGAUUUCUUUUUCCUACAUUGUGUUGUUUUUUUUAUUUUUUAUUCCAUUGUUUCAUGCAGUUCUGGUUCCUCUGCAGCAACAAAAUCUUUGUUGAAGGACAAGUUAGUUAGUGGAUAACCAGGUUAACUGUAGGUGUCAGUGAUGGGCUGAUCUUUGCCACUGUGUAAAACAGCUCUUGCUGUAAUAGCAUUUAUUGCGGUUCAUUUAUCAGCAUUGCAAAAAGGGGGGGGGGGGGCGGCGGUAACUCAUCAGAAUGACUGUACAGCAGCUGACCCACAGCAGAUGCAGUUUAACAAUUCACUGACAGGAAAUGGUAACGAGAUUUUGGUGCCUAUUUGUUUUUGUGAAGAGGUUAAGAUUGGAGCCUGUUUUUUCUUUUUUUAAAGAUGAGCUGCGCAGGCCAUCAGAUGAAACGCCAGUGUGAGAGGUGUUUUAUUUUGUUUCCCAUUGGACGUUUCCAGGUAGAAAUGGAAAAGAGGCACAGAAAAUAAAUCUGAAGUAACUUGGUUUAGAAGUUCUGUCUUCCCCCCCCCCCCCCCCCCCCCAUAUUUGGCAUCUUUUGCUACAAGUAUCAUAUUUAUUUUAUUGCUUCACGUUAUCUUAACAGUUAUUUGUAAUAAAUGGACAUAAUAUUCAGCUGUCGCUCUGAACGGAAGGGAGCUGCUGUUGCUCUGUUGAGCCGAAAGGUUGGGGCUCUGCCGUUUUCUUUUCCUGUGGAUUAAUCCGACCCGGGUCAAAAAAGCAUUCAGAGUAUUUUUGCUGCGGCGGGUUCAACAUAUCUGACACAAACAACACGUAAUGAAGUGUCAAUAAGUGCGACCCCACCGAGCUCAAAGUCAUUGAUUGAAUUACAAAAUGUCCUGUCUGGAACAAGUGGAGCUGCUUCAACCAUCACUCCCCCUCGGCCUCUUUUAAGUGUAGAUAAGGUCAUAUCUGUUUGCUGGAGUAGAAUUGGAAUUUAAUUGCUCUGCACCGUAGGCUUGCAGCUAAUAUUCCUCUGCACCUGCACUAGUGUUGUCAGUAUGUGGAUGCCUCUCCUCAGAUACAUGGGCUGCAUGUGUAGGCAUUGGCUUCGUCUGCAAGAAGGUCGUCAGCAUUUGCUUGAAGAGAAAUUGUGUUGCUGUGUUGAUAGAGCUAUUUGCACUUUGAUCUGAUACGCCAUCCCAAGUUUAUGACUUAAUUAUGUUAAUGCCAUCAUGUAGUGAGUAUUAAUGAAAGGUAGAUGAGCAGAUCUCCUCAACCACCCCAUGCAUGGGAAUCAGAAAAAUGUGAAACUAGAAAAAGGCCAGUCGAACUCCACUGUUAAACCUAGGAGGGGUUGGAUCAGCAUACAAUUCGAUUUUCUUUUGCAUUGCUCCUAUGCACAGAGAAAUUAUAUUUACACAUUGAUCGGGGGCCCCACUGUUGGUAAGCGCAUCGUUGUUGAUUUGAAAAAGAAUUUGGUCGAGUCAAAUCCGGUCUUCCAUUUCUCUACUCAUUUUGACACAACUGAAGUAUCUUACAAAACUAAUGUACUGAUGAAAAUUUUUUGGUAAUCACACAAAAUUGAUUGAUGGCACUUUGCCUGUACUACAGUCUGUCCCUGAAAAGGAUAUUCUUAAUAAGGCGCUUUGAAGCAAAAACGAUGUAAAGAACUCUAAUACCUGCCUUUAACGAGGCAAUUUGUAUUUGUAAGUAACUGCUAUACAUAUUAAAAUGACAUUGUUCAUUUGUUGCUAGGUAUAGAAGGUUAUUAUUUGAGCGGAUCUCCUAAACUUGUCUUUGCCCUGUGGUUGAAAGGGGGAGAGGCGGUGUAGGUUGCUCCUGUGGAUCUGAGCCAGAUGCAGGUUGUUUGGGAGCUGGAGAGAAUGGAGGGUCUGGUCUUUUUGUAGUGGCAACUCUUCUUCUUACAAUAAUGCAUAAGGUAGCAUGGGCAGAGGCUUACAAUCCAUGAUGUAAAUGUUUUGUUUGUUGUGUUUUUUUUUUUAUAUGUUCAUAUUAAAAGACAAUAAAAUGAAAUAAUAUUUUAUUAAGCCUUGAAUCGCCUCCAGUUGUUCCGAUGGGCAAACAGACCAGAAGCUGUUUAAGGGCAGCAGCGACUGAAGCUGAUGCCACAGAGGACUGUGAGGACUGGUUAGGAGGUGUGGAUUGUUAUGUCCUGUACCAAAUGCUCAGAUCUGGGGUCACAUUUGAUGCCUGUUGACGAUAAAACUGUAAAAUUUGAAAAUGAUCGUAUUCUAACAGCUGUUAUUGACGUGUGGAAUUAAUUAAAAUCGGUUCUUAAAAACGUG